AUGGUGUACGCAGAUAUGAAAGAGUCCGCCAAGGCUCCAAUUUUGCUCCUGCCAAAACAUCCGUUGACGAGACUUAUUGUUACGGAGAAGCAUAAGAAACUAUUCCACGCUGGAGCACCGCACUUGAUCUCGGAGCUGAGAGAUCACUAUCUCAUCCCGAGAAUUCGUAGAGUAGUGAACCGUGUCAUCUCGAAGUGUGUCGCCUGCAGAAGACACCAGGACCUGCGGACCCUUCAAACCCUUAUCUCAGAAAUAGAGGCGACUCUUAACACUCGCCCAAUUACUCCAGUGGUGACUAGUUCAACAGAUUCGGGAUUUGUACUACGACCGAUUGACCUCAUCAACCCUUACUUCACGCCAUCUAAUAUGGGGUCAAUCGACAGUACUAACAUUUCCGACUCGCACGGAGAAUUAAUACAGUCAUACACGGCACUCCAAGACGCCUUAAAAACGUUCGGCGUUAAGAUAAUCGCACGAAUCUUGCUGAGCGGAAUCAAAAAAACAUCCACAAAAGCAAGAGUCAGAGAUGUUGUACCAAUAAAACAAGAAAACGUCUCGCAGUCGUUAUGGCCACUCGGCCUCAUAGUACAGACCAACGAAUCCGUUGACGGGUUUACUCGUUCUGUGAAUGUGAAGACUGAUGUUAAUAAAUUUUCAGAUCGUUCGAUCAACCAAUUGAUCCCACUGGAAGUUUCGACAGAAGAUAAAGCAAUUAUGGCGAAGCAAAAACGAGUCGAGCAUCUGAAACGAAUCCAGCCGUACAGAAGAGUGAAAAGAAGAACUCCCAGGUCUGUUCGUGUCCGCCGAUUCGUCUACGACGUUACCUCUAUGUCGAUGUUUUACGGCAUCAGUUCACUUCAGGAUCCCGAUCCUGAGUUUCUUUCCCUUAGU